AGCCGCCCGAGCUCCCCGGAAAUAUUUGACAACUUCACACACCCGACAAAUUCGGCUCCACACAGGAACAAAAAAUAACCAGAAGGGAAAAGCUGGUAGAAAACAACCUAACUAAAAAUCGCACAUGCAUUUCAAGUGGCAUAUUGAAGUGGGGGGAAAGCGGUGGCAUUUAAGAAUCCAGGUGGCAGAGAGAGAGCACAACACGGACUGUGGUGAGGACUGGCGGGUGGCGGCAUGUGGCAGCUGUGGCGGCGACGUGUUGUGCCGAGAACAGCUGUUGUCCCGGCCUCCUCACCUCAUCUUCCCUUCACCAUGCCAAAUUCAUCACAGUUCCAACUCAUCCUGUCCUUUCUAACGCUCUUGUUGCAGUUUACACAGUCCCAUGGAGGAGCUUUACAACUGGACAAAGGCAAUUUUGACAGUAUUAUAGGAAACAAUGAACUUGUAUUCAUUAACUUUUAUGCUGACUGGUGCAGAUUCAGCAACAUCCUGGCACCAACCUGGGAUGAGACAGCUGACAAAGUUAGGGAAUUAUUUCCUGAUGAAGGGCGAGUGGUGGUUGGAAAGGUGGACUGUGAUUCUGAGUCAAGCAUUGCUUCUCGCUUUCACAUCACGAAGUACCCAACCCUAAAGCUGCUGAGGAAUGGGCAGGCCACCAAGAGGGAGUACAGAGGGCAGAGAUCAGCUGAUGCCUUUGCUUCUUACAUUAAGGAGCAGCUUCGGGAUCCCAUCAAAAUACUGCAGAACUUGGAUGAAAUUAAUGAGUUGGAAGAGACGAAGAGGACUGUGAUAGGUUACUUUGAGAAGCAAGACUCACCUGAGUAUGAAUUGUUCCGCAAGAUUGCUGUCAACCUCAAAGAUGACUGUCAGUUCCUAGCGGGUUUCGGUGACACAGUGCGCAGUAUGCAUCCACCAGGGGAAAGCAUUGUUGCCUUCAAGGCUUCUAUAACAAAGGAAGAUGACGCUUUUACUGGAUCACUCUCAUCCUAUGAUGAGCUGUCCAUUUGGGCCACAGAGAGGUGUAUUCCUCUUGUGCGGGAGAUAACAUUCCAGAAUGCUGAAGAAUUAACAGAAGAAGGACUGCCUUUCCUUAUACUGUUUCAUGAUCCUGAAGACACAGAGAACGUCAAGAAAUAUACUGCUCUUGUACACUCAGAACUUGCCGAUCAAAAACAAAAUAUCAACUUCCUAACUGCUGAUGGCAUUCAGUUUGCUCAUCCUCUCCAUCACUUAGGCAAGAGCAAGAAAGACUUGCCUCUAAUUGCUAUUGAUUCAUUCAGGCACAUGUACCUCUUCCCAGAUUACAAAGAUGCAUACAUUGAAGGGAAGCUGAAGGCCUUCCUGCAGGAUCUUUACAGUGGCAAGCUGCACAGAGAGUUCCACUAUGGCCCUGACCCAGAAACCACAUCAGAAGCAGCCAAACAAGAUGAAAAUGAAAUACCAAGUCCAACUGAAGCGAUCAAAAAGAGAGAGAAGCCAACCACGCCUCCAGAGUCCACUUUCAAAAAGCUUGCCCCUUCCAAAAACAGAUACACAUUACUAGAGAGAGACGAGCUGUAAGCUAAGAAAGCUGUAAAGGGUUCAAUCUAUUGUAGUUCAUUGGUUUGCUUCAGCAUUCAGACCUUGAUUUCUUUAUAGCUCAUUAUGCAUUUUGAUAAAACAAUAUAAUGUGAGUAUUAUGCAAACACUGAUAGUAUCAGUAUUGUUAUUGUGAAAAACACACUGGGUCAGGAGCAUUAGUGUGGACAAAAAAUUGAUGUGGACAAAUGUACAUUGGAAAGUGUGGGAACAUAUAAUUUUCUCUAAAUAGCAGAUUGUAUUCAUGAGUACCAUGAAUUCCUCUUGAGUUGAGGCAAGUUAUUAGUGAGGUGAGUACUUACCCAACAGGCAUGUGGGAGGUGAGACACACUAUUUAUUACACAAUUCAUUAUUUUCACAUCAAUCUUGUGCUUUAAAUAUUUGGUUUGACUCUUGUUUCAAGUGUGUUUAUAUUAUUUUCAAAUUUUGUCUUGAUGUCAAAACUUGCAUUUUCUUCUUGUUAUGCUUUGUCCUUAUCACAACCCUAAAUAAUAUACUAUCUUUCCAAUGUUCAUUUAUUUAUUUUGGACUAAGAAUGCUAUCUGAGAUUUAAUUUUGUUUCCCUAAUGAUGAUAAUGAAGAAUAAGGAAGCAGUUUAUGUAUAGAAUGGGCUAAUGUUUUGUUUCUUUUAUACUUUUUAUACAUUUAAAAUUCAGAAUCUGAUUAUUAUUCAUGGAGGAUUGCUUUGUAAAUUACAGCAGGUAAAGAGGAGGCAAGUACAUACAUGUUUAUGUAAUUUAUUAGAAGUCACUUGCUUUGCAUUGUUACAUCUGUCGAACUGACAACUAGACUUGCACACAGUGGAAGGGAAACCUGAAGCUUGGGGGAGGGACUCAUUCUGGGUUUGAUAUGGAUUUAAUUCUGUUUUGUACAUGUGAUUAUUAAUUUCCAUUCCACUACUUUAUAUUUGCACUUUAAAAUAUAUUGAAAUAGAUUAAUAAGUAAAAUAGAUUUUUAUUGAUCUGAGUGCAGAUAUAAAAGUGUUAGUUGGCACAUUAUAGUGAAGUUGAAAGUGACAGGAGGCUUUCAAAAAACAUUUUUUGCCUUAUUUCUGAUUGACCCUAAAAAGUUAUUAUGUCUUGUUAUAUUUGUCUGUUUUAUAAAUUUAUGAAUUACAUAAAUGUACUGUUUAUAAACUUUGCUUUUGGGAAUGUCAUUGAAUUUAUGGUGUGGCAUUGUACCAUUGGAAAUUAAUGUUAUUAUCUCUUAGAAAUGCUUUAGUCAAUUGAGAAAACUGGUGAGUUUUUUUUUUUUUUUUUUUUUUCCAUGAGACCCUAUUGGUAAAUCUGCUCAGCAUUUUUGUGGUAGAAUCAAUGGUAACUAAUCAACAAGUCAGCCAACACAUGAACACAACAACAUGUGAUCUUUUACUAGUCUAGAGGCUGACCACUUACCAUGACCUGUGUGUGGUGGUGUGGAGGCAACAUUGGGAAAGAUCAUUCAGUCAAGAAAAGAUUGGAGUGAUUCAUUCAGAAGUAGUGCCCAUCCCCAGGUAUCUUGGUCUGUCAAAUAAUAUGUAUUUCAUCUUGAGUCCUUAAAUGUUAAUAUACACUAACAAUUUGAUUUGUGAAAGAAUGUCAAUAUUUCCAUUAAUCUCUUGUCUCCCACUCACAGCUCUAUUCUACAUCCAGAAGCCCUUGAGUAAACAGAUACUCUCCAUCUUAAUGAAAUAUGCAUUCUUUAAAGUGCCAAGAAUGUAAGACAAUUGGAUUUUUAAAUCUAUUUCAUAUUGGCAUUAGUAGGCAGUGCAAUUCCAUUUUUAUGAUUUUUGAUGUCUUAGAUUUAAUUUCCUUGCAGUAACUAAUUUCUGCUAUGAUUUUUAUCUUUCUCAUUGUGUUUUGAACUGCACUGAGAAGCUUCACUACCUGUCUGUCUCCAAGGACACAGCUGUUUACUUGUUAAGCCUCAACAACUUAUUCAUAUUUUCUUGCAAAAAGAAAUCCCCAGAGUAUGAGAGAACCAUCAUAAAAACAUAGAGAAUAAAUGCAGAAGCAAGAUGUGGCCACCCAGCCUCAUUGACAUCAAUAGGUUAAUGCAACAAUUAAAUUAGUUUAUACAGUAUUACUUGAAUGAACAGGAAGCCUAUUAAAAUGUCAGUUUGCAUAAAUAAAUUAAGAAGUUGUGAUGCCAGGAAAACUUUAUAUUUGAACUUUGAUUAUGGAUUGGUAUUUGAAGUUGUAAAUUCAUGUAUGGCUUAUAACAAAAUUUUUAUAAUUAACUUAGUCUUAAUCUGACCCAUCAAUUAAACAUUAGUUUUAUUUAACUUUAGUGCAUUAACCAUGAAUUUUGUACAUCUUCUGCCCUAUUAUGUGUUGGUGUUCUAUAUGUUAACCCUGGGGUGGUUUGGCCUAAUGACAGCUAGUGACCAUUGAGGCAACACAAGUAUUGGGAAGCCCAACAUUAAGAAAAUACUUCCCAAGACCCUCUUCCUUCACGGAGUUGUGGUGCGUUGUGAGUGGAAUGCAGUCUUUCCCUUCGCUCUGGUGCUGCCCUCAUCAUGCUGCUGCUACUGUUGUGUCAUCUCAUUUGUGUGCUGCACCUUGUACAAAAUCAUUCCAUGGCUCACCCUUCCGAGCUGUUGACUUACGAUUGUAAUUAUCAUGAUAUACAUUAAAAAAGUUUGAUAUG